AUGAGUUUAGACAAAAUCGAGCAAGAAAUAAAUUAUUUGAAACGAGAAAUCUAUCCUUAUUUCACAUCAUGCUUAGCACUUCUGAGGAGGAAAAAAACAAAUCAAUUGUCGCAGAAAAAUCAAAUUUCUUUUGAUUUACCAAAUUUGGAUGCCUUCACCCCUCACUAGAGCAAACAAGAUUUUUAUGCUUCCUCUUAAAGGAGAUAAUUUAUUAUUGUAUUAAAAAUUUUUUUUUAAUAUAAAUCCGUUUUGUAAUCUAAUUUACCUUAUAAAAUUUACGCUUAUAAGCAUUCAAGCUGCUUAAAUUUAAUAUAAUUUGCUAGAGAUCUCGUUAUAACAUUAUUAGUACUUUAUAAAAAUAAUUUAUAUUAAAAUAUUUUUUUCACAAUUAAAUAGGUUAAUUAUUCCGAAAUAGGGACUUUUCCAAUGGUUUUAAUAGGUGGAAAGUUAAUAUCUGAACUUAGUGAAGACCAAAAUUUAAUCCAGCAACUUGAAGAAAGACACAAACUGUCACAGAUUUCAUGUUCUAAUUCUCUUAAUUUGCUUAUAAAAGCUAAAGAGUCACUAGAAGCUAAAUUAAAAGCCUCAACAGUCCAGCAGAAGCAUGUUGAAAGUUCGUGUUUAAUGCUUCAAGAAGAUUACUUCUCAAGUCUAGCUAGAUAUAUAGAACUAGGGCACAGCAUCAAUAAAACAACAAAUUCAAUCAAUUCUCUUAAAAAGAAAAUAAAGAAAGCUGUCCAUGAAAAGAAUAAGGAAAAGCAGAAUAUAGAAAACAGCAUGAUGGAAAGGCUUGAUUUGGAGUCUUCUCUGCGAGAAAAAAUAAAAUCACUAGAAAAAAAAUCCCUUGUGCUACAAAAGGUUGAGACAAGCCAUGAAACAAAGGCAUCAAAGCUGUCACAAGAAAUUUCUAUUGAAAAUUGCAAAAUCGGAGAACAGGAAAUUCUCAAAAAGCAAUAUGAAAAAGAAAUUUCUCAGCUUAAUGAACAAAUUUCAAAUAAAAACUCCGAAAACGGCACAGCAAAAAAAGAAUAUAGUGACGUUUUCUUAUUAAAUGAAAAAACAAGCCGAUUUUUAUUUGAGCUUUCUAUUCAAUUUGCUAUCGACAAAGAAUCUUUUGAAAAAGUCCUAAAGCAAAAAAGUGACCAGCGAGACUACAUCUCAGUUCAAGAAAAAAAGAUUGGAAACCUCAAAUCUGAAAUAAACACCCUGCUAACAGAUAAAAAAAAAUUCAAUUUAAAUAAAGUGUGAAUUCACAGAUCAUCACGAGCAUUUAGUCAGUUUAAAUUUGCUGUAAAGAUCUCAACAAUCAAAUAUGACAUAAAAAAGCUUGCAUCUGAAGAACUGUCUGACUUCUCUCGACAAAUUGACGCUGAGAAUUCCAAAGAACUUGAAGACUUCAAAGCUAUCUGUAUCGACCAAAACGAAAACCCUCCAAAUAAAAAGCGAGGAAGAAAGCAAAAACCAAAGAAAAAAGGCUCCGAGCAAGUAGCAGUCGCAACUGAAAAUCUAGUCCAAAGGAAAAAGAAAAGCAGCGAGCCAUCUUUAGCUGGGCUAUUUAGCACAAUCACCUCAAUAAAAAACCUCCCAAAAGACAGCUCUUUAAGCUACGCUUCCAAAAAGAAAAGUUCGUCAAUUUUUGAAGACCUUUCCGACUCCUUUUUCCACUAG